AUACAACCAUUUAUUCAAGCUUGUCGCUAUGUUGACACAAGUUGCCAUUAUCAUAACCUCAAAAUCCGUAAUUUCAUAAUUUUCGGCUUUAUGUAAGUAAAUUCUAGUGUAAAAACGUGUGAAAAGGAAUGUCAACAAAAUUAAAACUGUAUCUAGGCCGAAAGGUGAUUGAUUCACUCAGUAAGUCAACGAAAUUUACGCCCAUUGAACUCCUUCCCCUUAUUCAUGUCGGAAACACCACUUUGAAUAACACUUUUGAGUUACACUUGCCUCUGAGCACCCUUGAAGACCAUUUUGGCGUCCCCAAUGUCAACGAAAUCCUUAAAAUCCGCCCCGAUGAUAUAAUUAAAAACAUUGAAACAAAGAAAGACCGCGCAAAUCGAAAAAUUAGCUUCGAAAUAGACCGCACAAUUUUUAUCCAAGAUGUGAUUGAAAACAGCCCCAACCCUGACUUAAACCUAAAACCUAGAAACAUAGUCGUUGAAUUUAGUUCUCCAAACAUUGCUAAACCGUUCCACAUGGGACAUUUGCGCUCAACCAUAAUCGGCAAUUUUAUUGGCAAUUUAAAUUCAUUUCUGAACAAUAAAGUCACAAAACUCAACUAUUUGGGUGACUGGGGAACACAGUUUGGGUUUAUUAAAGUGGGGGUUGACGAGCUUCAACACACACAGGAAGCGAUCAAAAAUAAUCCGCUCAAACUUUUAUACGAGUCCUAUGUGCACGCAAAUAAACUUGCAGAAAAAGAUCCCACAGUUGCAGACAGGGCGAGACAGGAGUUCAAUAAACUGGAAAAAGGGGCACCCGAGGGGUUGGAGUAUUGGAAUGAAUACAUGCAAUAUAGUCAAAAUGAAUUAGAGGCGACUUACAAGAGAUUAGGGGUUGUUUUUGAUGAGUACAAUUUUGAGUCGAAUUAUAGUGCCAAAGAUAUUCAAAAUGUGAUAGAUAUUUUAAGUAGUAAGCACAUUGUACAGAAGGAAGGCGACGGAAAGUUGAGUGUUGAUGUAAAUAAACGGAAAGUUUCAAUAAUGAAGAGUGAUGGAUCCACUUUGUAUUUAACGAGAGAUAUAGCGGCCGCCAUAGAUAGGUAUAAUAGAUACAGCUUUGAUAAAAUGCUUUACAUCGUGGAUAAUAGUCAAAGCGACCAUUUCAACAAUCUUAAAGCGAUUUUACACAAAAUGAGCCUUCCUUGGGCCCAUAAGUUACAACACGUGAAAUUUGGGAGAAUUCGAGGCAUGAGUACGAGAAAAGGAACAGCAGUCUUUCUGAGAGAUAUUCUUGAUGAAUGUCGGGAGUUAAUGAUAAAGAAACAGGUGGAGUCCCCAAACACGCGAGUCCCUAUUGAGGACAGUGCCGUAUCAGACAUACUUGGCGUUUCUUGCGUUAUAGUCAACGACUUGAAGCAACGGAGACAAAAGGAUUACGAGUUCACCUGGGACAGUGUUUUACAAGUCCAAGGCGACACGGGUGUUAAAUUACAAUACACCCACUGCCGCCUCUAUAGUCUCGAACGCAAUUCUGGUGCAACACGUCCCAAAAAAGUAAUUCCCGAAGUACUAAAAGAGCCAGAAGCCACUGCCUUAGUUCGAGAAAUAGCCCGGUUUCAUGAGAUUUUAAACCGGUCUAAUGAACAGCUCGAAGCUUGCAUACUUGUAACUUACCUUUUCCGCCUGUGUAAUCAAAUCAACAAAGCACUGAAAGUGUUACCAGUCAAGAACACGGACCCCGAAAUCGCCUCACAGAGGCUACUUCUGUUCAUAACAGCGCGACAGGUCCUAGGAAAGGGAAUGAGCAUACUAGGAUUACAUCCUUUAGACGAAAUGUAAUUUACUUUAUUAAACUGAUUGUGAUACAA